UGUCAGUCAAUAGCGGUAUGAGGGAGGGAGCGGCGGCUGGCUGCAGGUGUUCUCCAGUAUAGUACUUUGGAAAGCUUAGUCCAGAAAGUGGAGCUACGACGAAAUCCAGCUACGAAGUGGCUGCAGCAACCAGGAGAGUUCAAUUAACUUUCUGGAAAGACUUUGCAAGGGCUGAAAAGAGUGAAAGAAUCAAGAAAUAUUUACAUAAAAACCUAGCAAUCAAGAUGGAAAAUAACAUAACAACAAUUUCUCGAGAGGAACUGGAAGAACUAAAAGAAGCAUUCAGUAAAAUAGACAUUGACAAUAGUGGAUAUGUCAGUGAUUAUGAACUUCAAGAUCUUUUCAAAGAAGCAAGCCUGCCCUUACCUGGCUAUAAAGUUCGUGAAAUUGUGGAAAAAAUUAUAGCAGUCACAGAUAGUAACAAGGAUGGCAAAAUCAAUUUUGAAGAAUUUGUCUCAGUUAUUCAGGAACUGAAAAGUAAAGAUAUUAGCAAAUCAUUUCGAAAAUCCAUAAACAAGAAACCGGGAAUUACUGCAAUUGGAGGAACAUCAUCCAGUUCUAGUGAGGGAACUCAGCAUUCUUACUCAGAAGAAGACAAGGUUGCAUUUGUUAACUGGAUAAAUAAAGCUCUUAAAGAUGACCCUGACUGCAAACAUUGUCUCCCUAUGGACCCAUCAAAUAAUAGCCUUUUUAAUUCACUUGCUGAUGGUAUCCUUCUUUGCAAAAUGAUUAAUUUAUCUCAGCCAGAUACAAUUGAUGAAAGAGCAAUUAAUAAGAAGAAGCUUACUGCAUUCACUAGAUCAGAAAAUCUAGAUCUAGCACUAAAUUCUGCAUCAGCUAUUGGCUGUACAGUAGUUAACAUUGGAUCACAAGAUCUAAUAGAUGGAAAGCCACAUUUGGUGUUAGGAUUAUUAUGGCAAAUUAUUAAAGUUGGUCUUUUUUCUGAUAUAGAGAUUUCCAGAAAUGAAGCUCUUAUUGGUUUAUUAAAUGAUGGGGAAGAAUUGGAACAAUUAAUGAAAUUGUCUCCAGAAGAACUUCUGCUACGCUGGGUUAACUACCAUUUGAAUAAUGCUGGGUGGAAGAAAAUAAGCAAUUUUGGUCAAGACAUUAAGGACUCAAAAGCUUACUAUCAUCUUUUGAAUCAAAUUGCACCCAAACAAGGCAACAAUGGAGAAACAGCCAUUGUGAUUGAUCUUUCAGGCUUUAAUGAACCAAAUGAUUUGAGGAGGGCUGAAUAUAUGCUUCAACAAGCAGAUAAAUUGGGUUGCAAACAGUUUGUGACUCCUACAGAUGUGGUUGCAGGCAACCCUAAACUUAAUAUAGCCUUUGUUGCAAACCUCUUUAAUACUUACCCUGCCCUACAGAAGCCUAAAAACAAUUCUUAUGAUUUCAAUUUAUUAGAAGGUGAAAGUAAGGAAGAAAGAACAUUUAGAAACUGGAUGAAUUCACUGGGUGUAACUCCUUAUAUUAAUCGUUUAUACAGUGACCUUGCUGAUGGUUUAGUAAUCUUUCAACUCUAUGAAAUGGUCCGUGUAUCUGUAGAAUGGAGUCAUGUCAACAAACCACCAUAUCCUGCACUUGGGGGUAACAUGAAAAAGAUUGAAAAUUGUAACUAUGCAGUAGAACUGGGAAAGACAAAGGCCAGAUUUUCAUUGGUUGGAAUUGGUGGAAAAGAUCUCAACGAAGGCAACCCAACCUUGACCUUGGCACUUGUCUGGCAAUUAAUGAGAAGAUUUACUCUGAAUGUACUAUCAGACCUUGGAGAAGGGGAGAAAGUAAAUGAUGAAACUAUCAUUAAAUGGGUGAAUCAAACUCUUGCAAAUGCAAAUAAGACCACUUCAAUAUCUAGCUUCAAGAUUAAAUUUUGCCACAUCUUCAAUCAGCCUUAAACAAGUACAGUAUUCUAAAGUGCAUACGGAUCAUGGAAACACCAGCAAUACUAUAGAAAAUAGUUUUAUGACCAGUUAGCCAAAAUGUUUUUCAGAAAUUCCGCUUUCCUUUGCCAUUUUUUAUCUUAACAAUGGAGUACAAGAGAUACACUUAAGAAAAAUAGGGACAGCAGAGUUACAACAGGCCAACAUGAUCUAUAAUUAUAUCCAAUCACUGUAUUAAGAAACAUCAACUUAGUAGCUCAAAAGGAAUAAUAAAAUACUGCUUUUAGAUAAUACAGUGUUCAUCGUGGAACUUAAAAAGGAUGAACCAAUCCUGAAACCAUAGCUUUAAUCUCCUGGCAAGAAAACCACAGUGAAACUCUUAAAGGAGAGCUAAUUACAUCAUUCUAGGGCACCUCCUGCUGAUAACUUGAUGUCAUGGAUAAGAACACUCAUCUGCUUGAGCCGUUAAAAGGAUGCUGAAUACAGGAAUACCAUCUGCUAUUUUAAGACAGAAGUACAUCUUAGAAUCCCAGAAAUAAAAUUUAAUAACCAUUGACCAUCUCAUAAAGAGAUUCCAGAAAGAAUCAGAGUACUAUAUACCAUUUAUAAGCAUGUAGAAGGAAAUAGUAAUGGAGCAGCCAUUUCUUUUUAAUUUAAUACAAAUAUCUUGCACAAUUGUCCUAUUUGCAUAUGUAACAACAGUACUUAGAACAUAUGUUAUUCUAAGGUUGGAAAGGAUCUUGGAGGUCUUCUAAUCCAACCCCCUGUUCAAGCAGGAGAUCCUAUACCAUCGAUAUACUUGGUUUAACCAAACUACAUUCCAUGCAGCAGAACAGAUAUUUUUAGAUUUCCAUAGAUAUUAUGGAAUACUGGAUGUGCUUCAACAACACUUUCAUGUUUUUAUGUUUCUUUCAUGUAUGCAGCAUAGCUAACAGGAACUGAAAGGUGUACAUUGCCAUUGUGUAAAAAUAAAUGUCUACAAAACAGUA